AUGUAUGAGCACCACCUAGUGGAACGGUCGGCUUUGUGUACUAAGGCCAUGUCCAGAUUGUCUGGUGGCCGUUCCAAACGCAAUUUACUCAACCUCACACUCCCUCCCAGUAUCACUCAACCUUUGGAUGAAGAUGUCCCAACUGGACCGUUAGAUCAUCCACCCGGUUCGAAUUCUCAACUUCCCAAUGAUCCAAACACAUCCUCCGCCACGGAUUCUCGAUCUGACAUAUCUAGUAAAGUGAAUGGACCGGAUACAGCUGAGAAUGGAACUGGGAGCGCAGUUGCAGGUGCAGAUUCGGGUGCAACUCAACCGAUUCUACGCACGCGUAAUACAACUCAACCUUCACCCGGACGAACACAUACGCGUAUCAGUGGUCCGACCGGGUCGUCUACCACAGGCAAUCGAUACCAGUCCGCCGGAGUUGAUCGAACUGGACGAUUUUCCAAUCGGAUGAGCACGGGUCCGAUUGAUGUGGCUGAAGUACUACGCCAGCUGGAAGCGCAAGAUUUGGAUGAUGCUCAGCGGAAACGACUGAGCGCAUUUGUAUCGGAGAAACAGAAAAUCGGCGAACUCCGACCGGAAGAUUUCGAGAAAAUCGAUGAACUGGGCAAAGGUAAUGGUGGGGUGGUGUUCAAAGUACGCCACACCGCAACCGGUCUGAUCAUGGCCAAGAAAAAUAUCCAUUUGGAAAUCAAACCCAUGGUGCGAUCACAAAUUAUUCGGGAGUUACAGUUCGGGUUUUCGGUUAUCAUGCUUGAAUCGUUGACUCCCAUGACUUUGGGAUUUGUCCGUCCUGCCUCGCAUCACACACAACUUUGUGUGACAAAAAGUAGCGAAUCCACUCCCAAAAUAUCACUCAUCGAUCGACAUUCUGUAUCAUGGAUGGUUAUAUUCGCGCAUCACGGUAUGCGUCCAAUCGAUGCAAAUGACGUGGCUGCGUUGAUUCCGAAGCGUAACAUUCGACUCGGUUUCAAUGCCGCCUUGUGUCGUGUCUCGUGA